AAAUAUUCGCACAGCAUGAACCAAACUUCGAUGCUAACACAGAUUUCAGAUAUAAAUGAUCCUAAUUAUUUGUAUCCAGGAAAUGUCUUUGCAAGCAGUCUUAGCACUCCUGACUCUGAGAAUUUUGAACCAAAUUUUUACAACUGGGAGUCCUGAAAAGAGAACUCUCAAGUGUCAGACUAUCAUAUCAAAGAAAAGAACGAAGAAAUAUCCGAGAGAAGCCCAGCUGUUCUUUCUCAAACAAGUUAUGACAAUACUGGGAUUCUAACCACUCCCAAGUUAGAAGCCAAGAGUCCAAAUCAGUUUACCAAUGAAAAGCAGAAAACAGGUAGUCUUAUCAGCAAGAGGAUAAAUAAUUCGUUGAAAAAGAAGAACUUCAGCAGAGAUACUCAAUCUUAUUUUUCUCUUGUUGCAUCAGAGAUAUCAAGCUGUGAGCCUUCAAAGCCUGUCAGAAAAGAUUUAAACCAAAAAGCUUCCUUGCGAAUGUUAAGAAGGUACUAUAGAAACUCCUUCAAGUCUAAAAAUAUUGAGAUCGUUAGAAAAAGAUACAUACACUGCUCGGAUGAAUAUAUUUAUCAAAGGAUGAGAGUUUUCCUUGAGAUUCUUAUGCCUCAAGAAGACUUGUCAGAUAAUCUUAUCUACUUCACAACAGGCAUCAUAAGCCUUCGUGAAGUCUCAAGUUUACCUUGUAGUCAAGCGAUCAAAGAGGAAAUAAAGAUGUUUCAUCUUUGCUGUAGAUCAUUCUCUCAGAGGCGAUUUACUAUAGCAAUGCAAUCAGAAAGCUUGAGAUCUCUGUGCUCACACUUGAUAGAGAACUCUAAUAACCCAGCGGUGGAGAACCUCAGACAAAAACUCUGUUCAGAAAUCAACGAGUUCGAUUGAUAA